UUAUCAUAUUUUUCAUUACCCUGCUUUUGGUGCUGGUUUCUUAUAACAAAACAUAUCAAAGUCCUUUUUAUGGUUUUUUGCUUUUAUUUCUAUUUUUGUUCUACACAUGUUUACGUUGAAAAUAAUGCAUUUUUAUUCGAUCUGCUUUUUCACAUAAUUUUUUAUUGUUUGUAAAAGGGAUUUGUAAGUCUAGGGGUUCAUCUAUUUUAAAAUUCAUAUUUCUAAAAACAUUCCUGUAAAAUACCCAAAUGACACUCCAGGUUCCAAAAUUUCUAACCACUUUUUAUCUGUGAUUAAUAUAUAUUUUAAGUAUUUGUUACGUAUUAUUAAUAUUGUUUACUUGAAACAUUUUAUAUUUAUAAAAUUAGAUCUUUCUGUCAUAUUUCUACGGUUGUAACAUUGUGAUUCAAGUACUGAUUCUAAUGCAUUUUAUAGGUUUCAGAUUAGGGAUCAAGGGAUCAUGAUAAAAUGUCUAGUGCAAAGCAGAUUUACCAGAUGUUUAAGUUGGACCGGGGUUCGCAGACAAUCCAUGUUUAAAUCUGGGUUUGAACACCUUCAACAUAUUAAAAAAGAUGACUCUAAAACACACAUUCUGUACCUGAAUGCAGCACACAGUCCUACCUCAUUAGUUUCACAUGGAGCCAGAAUUCUUUUAGAAAAUUUACAACGAGAGAAAGCAGUAGAGGAAGUAAAAUUAUGGACGGAACAGUUAGUUCCGUACAAAAUUGAUCAUGCGCUCUCCAAGCUAAAAUUACUACGCGGAGAAGGGACGGAUGAGGACAAGGAUAGGUUUGCUCCGGUCCUAACAGCAGCAGAGAUAAUCAACAGUAUGGAUGUUGUGGUGGUGGCAACUCCAAUGUGGAAUUAUACAAUACCAUACGUUCUGAAACAGUAUAUAGAUAUUGUUGUUCAACCUGGAAUUAAUUUCAAUGAUUCCUCAGAUUCUUCUCUGACCAAGAACUCAGGACGGAUCUUGGUUGUAAUCUCCAGUGCCGGAGCUGAGUACGGACCCGGAGAAGAGAUACAGGAUUUCCUGAACCCGUAUCUUAAGCAGGUUUUUGCGCUGAUGGGAUUUACGAGGUUCUUCCCAAUAUUUAUCCAGGGAACUGCGUCUAGGAGCAAAACAGACUGUUUGGAGUGGACGGAGAAAGAAGCAAAAAAAUGCGCGACAGAGCUCAACAAAAUUCUAGAAGCAACUUCUUUAUAGCACUCAAUUCUAUGUUAAAUGAUGUUUUAAGCGAUCGUUUAUUUCUUAAUAAAUUGUAAAAGAUCUUUA